CGCCUAUUGAGGCGCCUCCCAUUGAUGCCGAGGAAUCCCGACAACAACAGCUGUUCAGCGACUAGUCUUGGUAUCAAAGGUUUCCCAGCUUCGUAGGUCGAGGCAAUCCACAUGUUCAAAGUGCCUUAAGUUGCCUUAUCGUCAGCUGGAUAGAGACUAUCGAGGGGUUGUACUUCCUUGAAGCCCAGCGCAGAGGCAGCGCUCGACGCAUGAAAUUCAUCAGAUAAUACACUGCACCAUUGGGAACGACGCAUUGCUCAAGGUUGUGGUGAGGCCAAAAAUUGCAUCCGUUCCGCCAUCAUGGCGUCCUCAACGCCCACUCGUGGGCUGCUCUUUGUGACCAUGCAGCCCAAAGAGACAUUAUCUGACGUACGUUUCCACGACUGGUACAACAACGAACACGGACCAAAUCGAACACGACUCCCGUUUAUACCGAAUGGCUUCCGUUACCGAGCGACGGACCUUGAAGGCACCAAGAACGGAACGCAAGACAAGCCAGAGUAUCUGGCCAUCUACGAUAUCACCGAUAUGCAACAACUAAUGGAGGAACCCUAUCAGUACCUGCGAGCACCGCCAGGUAAGACCCAGCGUGAAAUCGACGUUAUGGCACAGAUCUGGGUCGAUAGGAUGCUUUUCGACUUCAUGGGCGAGAAGGCCAACGAUAAGACUUUUGUCAAGCUCGAGUCGCCUGAGCACUUCGAGGAGAACCUCGGUGGGAAUGGUCUGACGACGUGCAGAUUCCAGCUUGAGGCAGGCCAAGUUGCUCAAGCCGAAAAUUGGAUCAAGCAAUCGGUCAUCCCGGUGGUUGAAACGGUUCCUGGAUGGCGAAGAGUCUCGUGGUUCAAGAACUCGUACCUGGAACCCCGCAAGGACGGAAAGGUCGAGAUAGUUGUGAUCUUCGAGUUUACACCAACCGCCGAACCCAAAAUCACUGGGAUCUACAACAACCCACCUGUCGAGCUCUCAAACAGCAAAACCAGAAAAUAUGACCUCUUCUAUACCUUCGGUGGAGCUGCUCGGCAUCUUGCGAUCGUGGCUCCCUGGACUCACCCGGACGGGGUCACCAAGACGAUUCCUCACGUCUCCCCAGCCGGCUCAGCAAUAGAGUCUACCGUGACGACACAAGACGGCGCGGUUCUCCCCUUCCGCCUGGAAGGCAACUCCGCUGAUGAUUCCCCUGUGCUUGUUCUUGUGAACUCCGUCCUUGUCACCUGGAAUAUCUGGGAUCGGUUCAUCAAGCACUUCUUCUCCACCCCGGAAAACCACAAAUACCGCAUCCUUCGCUUUCUGUCUCGUGGGCGCACAUUUCAAAGUGGUACCACGUCGCCGGUGACUGUUGACCUGCUUGCUUCAGACAUCAUUCAACUCCUCGACAGCUUGCGAAUCCCGCAAGCUGCAGCUUUGGUCGGCGUCUCACUGGGCGGAGCAACCACGUUGGCUACCGCCUUGAAAUAUCCCGCACGAAUAAAGUCUUUCGUCUCCUGCGACACAUCAGCAAAGUCGCCUGCAGGAAACAAGGACGCUUGGGGUCAGCGCAUUGCCGUGGCAGAAGAGGAAGGCAAGACUCUUCGUCUCGCAUCAGCAUCUGGUGACGAGUCCUCGAGUGCUAGCCCGCAGCCCGUGGUUGGGGAAGAGCUUGCCGAGUUGACAGUCCGGCGCUGGUUCGUGCCCGAGUCAUAUGACGACCCAAGCAUAGUCCCUGAGAUUGAAAAGGUCAAGCACAUGGUUUUCACCAACUCGUUGGCCGAGUUCAGCCGCGGCGUGGAGGCACUGUUCGAUUAUGAUUACACGAGCUUGCUGCCGACUUACAAAGGCAAGGGUGCCUUUCUUGUUGGCGCCGGGGAUGGUAUGUUGCCCAAGGGCAUGGAAAAGCUGUCCAAGGAAUUGGGCUCGGCUGAGGGACGGUCUGCAGAGUUCAAGGUUGUGGAGGCUGCGGGACAUCUGCCCAUGGUGGAAAAGCCUACCGAUGUGGCAGUAUUUGUGAGUGACUUUUUGGCCAAGUAAAUGAAGACCGAUUCCCACCCUGUAUACGAUCUAUAUGCUACCUCAAACGAGAAAGCACAUGAAAAGGAGCCUGGUAAUGAGUGCGAGCAAAGUCAACCUUUCCACGAGUACGAAUAGAUCUGGGAUGAAAGGGCAGUAGACGGUCUUGUCGUUUAGCAUACCGUGAGCCAAUCAGCAACGACCUUGGCAUUAAAGUCCCGGAAGCCUCGCUAACGUUUCUCGCUGCGUCACAUUUGAUUCUUUCUUUCCCAAUUACUUCGCUACCAGCUGCCUAGAUCAGACGCUCAACAUACACUCCAUCGCGAGACCUAGAGAGUCCUGGUUUCAAUCCGAUGCCGAGUUGAGAAGGAUAACAGGAGGGAA